CCUCACUAGUAGCUCCUCCUACCUCCUCCUCCUCCUCCUCCUCCCUCUCUUUUUGUCUACAGUAGAAAAUGAGAACUCCUAGUGCUAUUCCAAGCUUGCCACUACUCUCUCUCUUGUUCAUCAUGCAUGCCGCGCUCUUUCGGAGCGUCGCCGGCAACUACGGCCCCUGGCAGAGUGCCCACGCGACGUUCUACGGCGGCCAUGAUGCAUCCGGCACGAUGGGAGGAGCGUGCGGCUACGGCAACUUGUACAGCCAGGGCUACGGGACCCAAACCGCGGCUCUGAGCACCGCUCUGUUCAACAGCGGCUUGAGCUGCGGGUCGUGCUAUGAGCUCCGAUGCAGCGGCGACCCGAAAUGGUGCCUCCCCCACUCGAUCAUGGUGACCGCCACCAACUUCUGCCCCCCUAACUACGCGUUGGCCAGCGACAACGGAGGGUGGUGCAACCCUCCUCGCGCACACUUCGACUUGGCUGAGCCCGCGUUCUUGCAGAUCGCCCAGUACCGGGCCGGGAUUGUUCCCGUGAGCUUCAGGAGGGUCCCCUGUGUGAAGAAAGGAGGCAUGAGGUUCACGAUCAAUGGCCAUUCAUACUUCAACCUGGUGCUGGUCACCAAUGUGGCUGGUGCAGGGGAUGUCCGAUCGGUGUCCAUCAAGGGUUCAAGGACUGGGUGGAUGCCAAUGUCAAGGAACUGGGGCCAGAAUUGGCAGAGCAAUUCGUACCUGAACGGCCAGAGCCUCUCCUUCACGGUCACCGCCAGCAACGGCCGGACCCUCACGACCUACAACGUUGUCCCGGCAGGUUGGCAGUUCGGACAGACUUUCGAAGGCGACCAGUUUUAGGUGAAUGAAAAUGAUCUAUCCGAGGAGGGCGUAGAUCGAUGUAUAACACAUAAACAUGUAUCCCUAGUUCAUAUAUGAGACGAGGCUUAUAAAUGUACAAUCCUGGAAUCUACCUCAAAAAGGAAAUGGAAAAACCAGUCAUUAAAAGUAUUAUCGCUUGUGUGUUCCUUUUUUAUGUACUUACAAAACUGAAUGCUUAGAAAGUUGCCUUGA